UCAAACAAUACACACAAAAUUACCACAAAGGUUACAAAUAUUUUCAAAAGGCUUGGAAGUUUUCAUUCUUAAAGCUUUUCUUGAUCUUCAUCAUAAACCUUAAAUUCCCUUCUUUCUUACUUUCAACACUAGAAACUAGCUCUUUCUAUUAUAUUCAUACAGGUUUUACUUUUCUCUUCAAAUCAUCCGUCAUGGAAGCAAUAAUUGUGCCAUUCCAACCCCCGACGUUUGGUAAUCUUAUUACAAUCCUGAGUAUUGAUGGAGGUGGAAUUAGAGGAAUCAUUCCAGGAACUAUUCUUAAUUUUCUCGAGUCUGAACUUCAGAAACUAGAUGGCAAGGAGGCAAGACUUGUAGAUUACUUUGAUGUGGUUGCUGGGACAAGCACUGGAGGACUUGUGACAGCCAUGAUAUCUACACCAGAUCAAAACAACCGUCCCUUAUUUUCUGCUGAAGAUAUCAAUCAAUUUUACCUUGAUCACUGUCCAAAAAUCUUUCCCCAGAACAGAACAUGGCCAAUAGGAAAAAUAGUGAAAUUAUUGUCUGGACCAAAAUACGACGGGGAAUAUCUCCACAAACUUGUAAAGGAAAAGCUUGGUGACACAAAAUUACACCAAACGUUGACUAAUGUGGUCAUUCCCACGUUUGACAUUCAACUCCUUCAGCCCACCAUUUUUUCUAGCUACGAGAUGAAGAAUAAUCCAUCCUUGGAUGCUUACUUGUCGGAUAUUUGCAUUGCUACAUCGGCUGCUCCUACUUAUCUUCCGCCUCAUUACUUCAAAACUGAGGGCAUUGCUCAUGAAAAAACGAGGGAAUUUAACCUAAUAGAUGGCGGCGUUGCGGCUAACAAUCCGACGUUGGUGGCAAUUGGAGAAGUGACGAAGGAGGUGAUAAAACAAACUCCGGACUUCUUUGCUAUAAAGCCAAUGGACUACAGAAGGUUUUUGGUGAUAUCAUUGGGCACCGGAGCUCCGAAGGCGGAAAAGAGAUACACGGCGGAGCAAGCGGCGGAGUGGGGGAUGUUGGACUGGUUAACCAACGACGGCUCCACCCCAAUAAUCGACGUGUUUUCACAAGGAAGCUCCGAUAUGGUGGAUUUUCACCUUUCUGUCAUUUUUCAAGCCCUUCAUUGUGAAGAUAACUACCUUCGCAUUCAGGAUGAUACGUUGAGCGGUGAAGUAUCUUCAGUCGAUGUAGCUACAGAAAAGAAUCUAAAUGAACUUUUGAAGGUUGGAGAAAGGUUAUUGAAAAAGCCAGUUUCAAGGGUGAAUUUGCAGACCGGCAUUUUUGAGGAUUGUACUUCAAAUUCAGAAACAAAUGAUCAAGCCCUUAUAAGAUUCGCGAAGUUGCUGUCUGAAGAGCGGCGGCUCCGCCAUGCAAGGUCUCCUCAUAGAAAAGCUACCACCAUGCAAUUGGAAAAUGUCUCUCCUCCCAAUUCAAUUUAAAUUUCCAUUUUUCAAAAUAUUUCUCAUAAUUUUCUCAGAAGUCUUAAAAUUUUAGGUUAUCAUUAUUACAUUUUUAGAAAAUAAUAAAAGAUAAAAACUUUAUUUGUUUCAUAGAUUUGUUCAUGUAUGGAGCUAAUCCUAAUUGCCUGUCGUCUUGGUUCAAUAUUGAAGGCUCCAUUUUAUGUAGCAAUAUAAAUUUUAUAUUAUUAUAAACUUUUCCCUUAACA